AUGGGCCCAAAAAUGAAACGCGACUCUGAAGACCAUCCCGGCUCCAUGCCCCACCCAACUAUAUUCACUUCACCAAUCGCGACUGCCAUGGAACCUUGGAAGGGAAGCGCGUAUGUGCCUCCAACCACCGCCACGGCCUUUCACCGUAGCAAGCAAGGCACACGCACCAAUGACGAGGCCUUUCGGGUGGACAUAGAGGUCUUCAGCUACCGACCAAUGCGCACCAGCGUGCUAUCAACCCAUCGACCCGCAGACCAACCUACGCACUGUUACCGUGGCAACCCGGGUGGGGGGGGCUUGCGUGUGCGACGGUUGCGCCUGUCUGUCCACGCGCUCAGUCCCCUGCUUCGACGCCAACAUCGGCAUUGGAGGUACAGCGACACUACCGGCUGCAAUAGCAUCCGACACAUCUUACACGGACGCAAACUCUACCUCAACAGAGUGCUACUGAAAAUGGAGGGCUUCAAGAUCAGCGACGAUCAAGUUAGGGUUGCCACUGAGACCUUCAAGAAAUUUGACAAGCGUGGUCAGGACAAAAUCAGCACCAAUGACCUUGGUCCAGCUUUUAGCGCCCUCAAGGUGUCCAUCAAGCCCGAUCUCCUCAAAGAGUGGGCUGAUGAGGUGGAUGAUGACGCCACUGGUUUCAUCGAUCUGAGUGGAUUUCUCUUGGUGUACGGGAAAAUCCUCCAGAAUGAGCAGGACGAGGAAGACCUGAGGCAGGCGUUCCGUGUUCUAGACAAGAAUCGCAGAGGUGAAAUCGAUGUAGACGACCUACGAUGGAUCCUCAAAGAGCUGGGUGACGACUUGACCGAAGAAGAGAUCGACGAGAUGAUUCGCGACACAGACCGUGACGGUUCGGGCUUCGUAGACUUUGACGAGUUCAAGAAGCUGAUGACAUCAGAGUAG